AGACAUGCAGAUACGAGCUGCAGAAGGAAAUCUAGACGUCCUGUGGCGUUUCUGCAAGGAGGAUUUCUUCGGACUCGGGGAAAUAUGGUCCAUCGAACGGCAGUCAUACGACUGUGACAAAGCACCGUGGGUGGCAUAUAAAUAGGUGGGUGUGGCUUUCAAUUGACAACUACAAUUCGCAGCAUUUGCAGAGAAAUUGGAAAUGGCGACCUUCAAACAGACCAACCUUUUUUCUUUCCUUCAUCUUCUUUUCUCUCUUGCUAUUCUGGCAACUCCAGUCCUCACAGCCCCUUAUCAGACUCGAAUUCUUGAGACCGGCACUACCUUCAGCGCUCCGGAUCCAUAUGGCCCCUGGCAGAUGGUUCCUAGCAGUCCCACUGAAGACUUGGCCUAUAUCAAAACUACCAACACCGAGACUGGCAGAGUAGAAGUCCAUAUCGCGUCCGGCUCCUCCGGGUUCAGGACCCGCACUCUGGAAGUCGGAACGACAUUUAUCUCCGAAGACAAUGGGACUUGGCAGUUGAUCGAUGCAGACGGGGACGGCAGGCCUGACUUGGUCUAUAUCAAAACCAGAAAUACCGGAACCGGUAGGGUGGAGGUGCAUAUUGCGUCCGCAUCGUCGAACUAUCAAACACGUAUCUUGGAAACUGGAACGACCUUCUACCCGGAAGAUAACGGAGUCUGGCAAAUGGCAGACUUUGAUCAUGAUGGAAAGCUUGAUCUGAUUUACAUCAAGACCCGCAACACAGGAACCGGGAAAGUCGAGGUGCACGUGGCCUCAGGGGCAUCCAAGUUUCAAACCCGGAUCCAGGAGGUUGGAACGACAUUCUAUCCAGAAAAUAACGGCGCCUGGCAGAUGGUCGACUUCGACCGCGAUGGGAAACUAGACCUGGCUUACAUCAAAACCCAAAAUACGGGAACAGGAAAGGUCGAGGUGCACGUCGCGUCUGGCUCGUCGACUUAUAACGCUCGCGUUCAAGAAGUCGGUACAACCUUCAACACCGAGAAUAAUGGGUUCUGGGGGUUGAGUGACUUCAACCACGAUGGUGUCCUUGAUUUAGUGUAUAUCAAGACCCAGAACACCGGAACUGGAAGCGUCGAGGUUCAUGUGGCUUCAGGAAGGUCAUAGUCUGUAGCUGUCGACGAAAUUUAUUGAACUUAGCAUGGGUGUUUCACAAUACCCCACAGAGUUUAUAACCGGCUGAGGGUGCCAGCCAAUGUGGUAGCUAUCGUUAUUGGAAUUGUGCUCACUCUCAUCGUCUCGCUGAUAGAGAGAUAGUCAAAUA